AUAUUAUUCAUUUAAUUCCCCACGCUACCGGCGGCGCACGAUAGAACAUCCCGUAGCCAUUCUCCACUACAAUGCGCCGGGCUUCGCUCCCAAAAUAUCGCCCAUCACGCUCAAUUCCUCAACAAAAACCAUCAAUAAAUUGAGUUGCUAAGCACAGCAAAGUCGGCGAGAUCUUCACACACUAACAGCAAAACCAGCAAUGGGAGCUACAGGAGCUGCCGUCUACGGCGCGCACCUCAAGAGUAACACCCUAUGUUUCAAUUGCUCGAGUUCAAAUCCCCCACCGAGAGCGCUCCAUCGCAUUGAUCAGAGGAAGCCCAUGUUGCUAGCCUUCUCGAAUAGGAAAAGUUUGAAGAAAUUUAGCAGAAUCGCUUGCUCAGCUAUCGAAGAUGUCACGAAGAAGCAGCUGGAAGUCGGCGGCGGCAGCUUGAAUGUCGCUGCUGAAGAUAGACCCGAGUCUAGUGUGAACAAUGAGUCGGAAGAUGGAGGAAAUUUUAUUUACAAUUUCCUUUACCCUAGUAAAGAGCUUCUCCCAGAUGAUAAGGAGAUGAGUAUAUAUGACCAUCUAGAGGAGUUGAGAACGAGACUCUUUGUGUCAGUUGUGGCUGUUGGAGCCGCUAUGGUUGGUUGUUUUGCAUUUUCUAAGGAACUCAUUAUGUUUCUUGAAAAGCCGGUGAGCGAGCAAGGAGUUCGCUUUCUACAAUUAGCUCCUGGAGAAUUUUUCUUUACAUCCCUGAAGGUAUCGGGAUACUGCAGCCUUCUGGUGGGCAGUCCCAUAAUCCUCUAUGAGAUCAUAGCCUUUAUUCUCCCAGGGUUGACAAAGGAUGAGAGAAGAUUUCUGGGGCCCAUCGUCCUAGGGUCCUCGAUUCUUUUCUACAUAGGCAUCGCCUUCUCUUACUACGUCCUCACCCCAGCAGCCUUGACGUUCUUUGUUAGCUAUGCGGAAGGGGUUGUCGAGUCAUUAUGGUCUAUUGACCAAUACUUCGAGUUUAUCCUCGUGCUCAUGUUUAGUACCGGAUUGUCUUUCCAGGUUCCAGUCAUACAGUUGCUUCUUGGGCAAGUUGGGUUGGUUUCAUCGGAGCAAAUGUUUUCGAUAUGGAGAUACGUCGUGGUGGGCUCAGUAAUCGCAGCAGCUAUACUCACGCCAUCGACGGAUCCUCUUACUCAAAUGCUCUUGGCCUUCCCCCUUAUGGGCCUUUAUUUAGGCGGCGCGUGGACGGUUAAGCUUCUUGGCCGAUGAGUUUAAGGUCACACAACUACACCCUAGCAAGACAUCAGUAUGAAAUCCCCAGAAUUACCCUAUGCCUUUAGUUUCCUGUGGAAUUCCAGUUUGUUGUAUUGUGUUGUUGUUGUUGUCCCUUUGCUUUUGCUUCAUUACUAUAGUGAUAUUAUGAGUUUAGAAUUGCAGUUGAUCUUAUUCAAGAAAUUGCCUUGUAGUUCAAAUAAUUUGCCUCCAAAUAUUGUAUCUUUGGAGCCUGUUCUUUUCUACCUAUUUUUAUUGUAUCAACGUUUUAUUUCUGGUUAAUUGUCAAAAAAUGACAGCUACGAAUUGUAAAA